CGUCAUGGCGGCUGCCGCUGCCGUCCGUGCUCUGAGUGUGAGGCUUGGUAAAGUCGCUCCGGACUGCACCGUCUGUCCGUUUUACCGGCUGAAUAUGUGCAGCGGAGUCGUGCUGAUUUCAGCCAGAGGGAGGAAGGCCAUGAAGCUUUACUCGGCGCCUAACAGACAGCUACAGACCUCCAUCAAUCGACACCAGAGCGAAGAGGGCAGAUCUAACGUUGAGGAGACAGACGAGGAUGUCGUUAAUGUGGUGUUCAUUGACCGGUCUGGACAGAGGAUCCCAGUGAAGGGUAAAGUAGGAGACAACGUCCUGUAUUUAGCGCAAAAACAUGGCAUAGAACUUGAAGGUGCUUGUGAGGCAUCCUUGGCUUGCUCCACCUGUCAUGUUUAUGUGAAAGACAAAUACUAUGAUAAACUACCAGAACCUGUAGAAAGGGAGGAUGACAUGUUGGACAUGGCCCCUGUGCUGCAGGAGAACUCACGACUGGGUUGCCAGAUCAUUCUGACCCCUGAGCUUGACGGCAUGGAGCUGAUCCUUCCCAAGGUCACACGAAACUUCUAUGUGGAUGGCCAUGUGCCCAAACCUCACUGAGCGUGCCGGACUGAGUAAAGAGUGCAGAGGUCAGGGCUAAAGGCAGAUGUGGGAGGAGUCUUUUAUCUAGAAGGCUGAGAGUCUCCCCUUUAAAUGUGUAAGCACUGUGGAGAACAUGCACUAAAAUCUACGAUUUUACUCCGAUUUGUUUCCUCAAGUGCAUUGCAAGAGUCCAUAAACAUUGAACUGUGUCUCGAAAAUGGGCACCAUCUGAUUCAAAAAGACUUGACUUCAUUUCCAGGGGUGUGUGGUAAGGAGUACAAUAUGGUAUCUAAAAGGCUCUAAAAAGGGUAAUGAUUUGUCCUUUGCUCAGCAGGAAUGCCACAGCCCGACUAGAAAUUCUAGAAUCAAUUCAGUUACAGUUGUAAAAGUUCCAUUCUAGAAUUCUGCAGGUCCAGAAGGACCGUAGUGAAGGAUACAUUCCGCGUUACGCACAGCAGUCAGACGCACAAUUGUUUUCAUACAGUCAUUCAUAUGUGUGAAGGUAAGCUAGAGGCUUAAUCACCCAGUCUUUAGUUUUUUCAUUUCAUAAAGUUAUGUGUGCUUGAAAACGUAUUUACAUUCAUCUCACCAGAGGCUUGAGGAAAUCUAAAUAAAAGUAUUGUUUGAUGGUGUGACCUACUUAUGUGUUUUCCACGUGCAUCAUAUUUCUAAAUUUCUACAUAAUGAAGUUAAGGUGUAAACAAAGUAAUUGUCAAAGUCUUAACAAGUCAGAAUUAGCCACAAUGGUGAUGAUGAAAACCAGAUUUCUGAAGUGUUCAGUGGCUCUAAAAAGCUACCUCAUAGAAAGAUAUUACAUAGAAUGAUUACAGGUAUGCUGCCUGAUGCCCGAGACUUUGUUUUGGCUUAAAAUAUAUAUUUUUUUACAUCCAAUCAUGGUGGAGAGGUACAUGCAUGUUGUUAUUAGGAAAAUAAUUAGAAGACAAAUUAUAAGAUGUGUCAAUUCCCUGUUCAUUUUAAAUAUUACAUAAAAUGGUUAUAUUUGCCUUGUAGACAUUGUGACUCCUGGUUCUUAUCACCACCACUGUAAAGAAAUCUGAAAUGUUAAGUUUCUCUAUAAUGCACAUUUCAGAUCAAACCACUCACAGUGCCUUUGUUUACAUCUCAGACAGAAUUGUUCAGCAAUUUUGAAAUAUUGGUGGAUUUCCCCUUGGAUUAUAAUCAUAGACUAUACAGAUUUCAGUAGGCAAUAUACUUUAGUCUUUGGCCUAAAUCUGUUUAGGAAAACAUACGCUAGAGUUUUGGAUCUAUGGUGAACAAGUUCUCACUUCUCAAGUGAUGGAGACAUGGCUUUUAAUGUAAUAAAACAGUGGAUCAAAAUAUUAGUUACCUUUGUUUGACAUUUUAAAAUGCAUUAUGGAGAUUUUACAUAUAAUGCAUAAAACCACACUAAAAGAAGAUACUUUGCAUUAUUGUUCUGGAUCACCUAACCUGAUACAAAGCCUUCAAUUCUUCUGUACUGUUAUCAUCUGUAUACGCACAACUGUGAAAACAGGCAAACAUUUUGACCUGAAUCUGUACAUGGUCUGGUAAAUAAAGUGUAAUUUCCCCUUUAAA